AUGGGAGACGUGGCUAAGGAUCUUACAGCCGGUACUGUUGGAGGGGCUGCACAACUAAUAUGCGGACAUCCCUUUGACACCACCAAGGUCAAGCUACAAAGCCAACCUACACCUCUCCCUGGUCAGCUUCCCAAGUAUGCUGGUGCGUUUGAUGCCGUCAGACAGACAAUAGCAGCCGAAGGGGCAGGCGGCUUAUACAAAGGAAUGGGUGCCCCACUCGCUACGGUAGCAGCCUUAAAUGCAGUCUUGUUUACAGUAAGGGGGCAGAUGGAAUCAUUAUUGAGGUCACAUCCAGGUGCCCCCCUCACAGUGAGUCAGCAGUUUGCUUGUGGAGCUGGAGCUGGUUUUGCUGUUUCCUUUCUUGCUUGCCCGACUGAAUUAAUCAAAUGCAGGUUGCAAGCACAAAGUGCACUAGCUGGAAAAGGAGCAGCAGCUGUGGCUGUUAAGUAUGGAGGACCAGUGGAUGUAGCCAGGGAGGUUCUUCGAUCAGAGGGGGGCGUGGGAGGUCUUUUCAAAGGUUUGAUUCCCACAAUGGGACGUGAGAUACCUUCAAACGCGACAAUGUUUGGCGUAUACGAAGCAUUGAAGCAAUGGUUUGCAGGAGGCACCGAUACUUCUGGCCUAAGUAGAGGCUCUCUAAUUGUUGCGGGAGGUUUGGCAGGUGGUUUCUCCUGGUUCAUUUUUUACCCGACUGAUGUUAUUAAAAGUGUGCUUCAAGUAGAUGAUCAUAAGAACCCAAAAUUCUCAGGUUCAUUGGAUGCUUUCAGAAAGAUUAAAUCUUCUGAAGGAAUCAAAGGCCUAUAUAAGGGUUUUGGUCCUGCAAUGAGCAGAAGUAUUCCUGCAAAUGCAGCAUGCUUCUUGGCAUAUGAGGUGACAAGAUCAUCUUUAGGAUGA